AUGGCCAACCGCUCGAAUAUCGAAGAGUGCUUUGCGAAAGAGAACUACAUGGAGGCCUGGUCUUGCUACAAUGGAUAUCCCCAUAGCGCUGGCCACGGCGCGGUCGGUGGACUGAACAUGCCCGACGAAUCCGUCCUCGACAUGGCCGAUCUCUCCGCUGCCGGAUCUGAGCUAACCGAUUACAACGGCGAUCCCGGCAAUGUCACUACGCUCAACCACGUCCUUUUCAUCCUGAACCUCGUCCCCAACGUGACAAUCUCGGAUAUUAUGGAUCUUGGUGGGGAUACCAUCUGCGCUGAGUAUGUCGAUUAG